AUGUGUAAUCCUUCGGGUGCCAUGACGAAGAUUCAUUACACCAAGAAUCCCGACAAUAGCACGAAAUCGUGCAAAGCCCGUGGGUCGGAUCUCCGUGUUCACUUUAAGAACACCCACGAGACAGCUAUGGCCCUCCGUAAUAUGCCUCUGAGACGUGCUCAGCGUUUUUUGGAGAAUGUCAAGGAGCAAAAAGAAAUUGUUCCUUUCUUGCGUUUCAACGGUGGAGUUGGACGUAAGGCUCAGUGCAAGCAGUGGAAUACCACACAAGGUCGAUGGCCUAAGAAGUCAGCUGAGUUCCUUCUAGACUUGCUCAAGAAUGCUGAGAGCAACGCUGAAUACAAAGGUCUGGACGUUGACCAUCUUGUCGUCGACCACAUCGUUGUUCAACGCGCUGCUAAGAUGCGCCGACGAACCUACCGUGCCCACGGCCGUAUCAACCGUAAGUGA